AUGGAUGGUUUCGUCGGUCGCUUGCAGUUGGCCACGCUCGCGAUGGCGGGUACGGAUCUCACCGAGGAGGAGUCGGAUUUGCUUCAGAGUCGACGAGAGAUUCGGUUGGCGAUCAAGCUCGCGGCGUUGUUAGACGUGUACGUCGAUCUUCGAGCGAAAACACCGAGCGAGAAGGAGUCGAUUCACGCGGAGGAGUUCUUGGACGCCCUGAAACCGAUGGCACAAAAGCUCGCGGAGACGUCCUUCGGUACCGUCAUGCUGGCGAAAAUUGGUUCGUGCUACAGAAUGGAAGCCAAGAAGUAUCUCACGGAUCCGCUCGCGGGGACGGGGACGUGGCUCGACCUCGGCGUUCGCACAACUACGGUCAAAUUGAAGCAACGAGCCUCGUCGUUCAGAAACACAUUCGACGCCUUAAAGGCGGGCGUGAGCGUCAUGGCGACGAUUCAAACCUCCGAGCAAGCCGUGGCAAAAGCGACGACUGAGGAGGAGAUCGAGGCGCUUCGCACGAAGCAACAGCUCGACGUCUUGCCACACGUCAUUGCAGCGCUCUGGUCAACGACAAGCGUGGACAUCGAGCGCACGCUGAGACACGUCGGGCGAAAGGUGCUCCACGACGCGAGCGUUCCAAAGGCGCGCCGCGCCGAGCGCGCCAAAGCUCUAGCCCAUCUUGGAAAGAUGUUCAAGAUCGUCGCGAGUGCGACCGCAAAAACGACGUCGAAAGACGGCGCCAAAAAUGCGGUGCACGCCGUGGAGGAAGCACUUCGCGCCGCGCUCGAUCCCGAAUACGCCUGA